AGAGGAGACAUGGCAGCGGUGCCGCCCGGGGAUGCACAGCGACACGGCUGCGGAGCGCACAGCGCCGCCGGGCUCGCUGCCGCCUCUCCCCCAGCCAUGAAUCCCGCCGAAGGGGCGGCGGAGGAAGGCGCUGUCCCUGACUCCGAGGUGGAUGCUUUCUUCCGAACAGGUUCUUUUCGAAAUGAUGGUUUAAAAGCUGCUGAUGUCCUUCCUAUACUGAAGGAGAAAGUGGCCUUUGUGUCAGGUGGCCGUGAUAAACGAGGUGGUCCUGUCUUGACCUUCCCAGCCCGCAGCAAUCAUGACAGAAUAAGGCAGGAAGACCUUCGGAAACUUGUGACUUAUUUGGCCAGCGUGCCAAGCGAAGAUGUUUGUAAACGAGGAUUCACUGUUAUUAUCGAUAUGAGGGGAUCCAAAUGGGAUUUGAUCAAGCCUCUCCUAAAAACCCUUCAAGAAGCCUUUCCUGCUGAGAUUCAUGUUGCCCUCAUUAUAAAACCCGAUAAUUUCUGGCAGAAGCAGAAAACAAACUUUGGCAGUUCCAAGUUCAUCUUUGAGACGAGUAUGGUGUCUGUUGAAGGCCUGGCAAAACUUGUGGAUCCUUCUCAACUGACGGAUGAGUUUGAAGGGUCCUUGGAUUACAACCACGAUGAAUGGAUAGAGUUGCGUGUCUCAUUGGAAGAAUUCUUCAACAGUGCUAUCCAUUUAUUAUCAAGGCUGGAGGAUCUCCAGGAAAUGUUGGCUAGGAAGGAGUUCCCAGUUGAUGUUGAGGGCUCGAGAAGGCUGAUUGAUGAGCACACACAGCUGAAGAAAAAAGUGAUUAAAGCUCCCGUGGAAGAACUGGAUCGUGAGGGUCAGAGGUUAUUACAGUGCAUAAGAUCCAGCGAUGGUUUUUCUGGUAGGAACUGCAUUCCUGGAAGUGCGGAUUUUCAAAGUCUUGUGCCAAAGAUCACCAGCCUUUUAGACAAGCUGCAUUCCACCCGGCAACACUUACAUCAGAUGUGGCAUGUCCGCAAGCUGAAACUGGACCAGUGCUUUCAACUCCGGCUUUUUGAGCAAGAUGCUGAGAAGAUGUUCGACUGGAUCAGCCACAACAAAGAGUUGUUCCUGCAGAGUCACACGGAGAUCGGUGUGAGCUACCAACAUGCCCUUGACCUGCAGACCCAACACAACCACUUUGCCAUGAAUUCCAUGAACGCCUAUGUCAACAUCAAUCGAAUCAUGUCUGUUGCGUCAAGGCUCUCCGAGGCAGGCCAUUAUGCUUCCCAGCAAAUUAAACAAAUAUCCAGCCAGCUGGAUCAAGAGUGGAAGAGUUUUGCUGCAGCUCUGGAUGAGCGCAGCACCAUCUUAGCCAUGUCUGCUGUCUUUCACCAGAAAGCUGAACAGUUCCUUUCAGGUGUGGAUGCCUGGUGCAAAAUGUGCAGUGACGGAGGCCUGCCCUCAGAAAUGCAAGACCUGGAACUGGCCAUCCACCACCACCAGACCCUCUAUGAGCAAGUAACACAGGCCUACACAGAGGUGAGCCAGGAUGGAAAAGCCUUGCUGGAUGUUCUACAGCGUCCCCUGAGCCCUGGGAAUUCUGAAUCCCUCACUGCUACUGCAAACUACUCCAAGGCUGUUCACCAGGUGUUGGAUGUGGUACAUGAAGUCCUGCAUCACCAACGGCGCCUAGAAAGCAUCUGGCAACACAGAAAGGUCCGGCUACAUCAGAGGCUGCAGCUCUGUGUGUUCCAGCAGGAUGUUCAACAGGUACUGGACUGGAUUGAAAAUCACGGGGAAGCCUUUCUGAGCAAACACACAGGCGUGGGGAAGUCCCUACACAGAGCACGUGCGCUGCAGAAAAGACAUGAUGAUUUUGAAGAGGUAGCACAGAAUACAUACACCAAUGCAGACAAGCUUUUGGAGGCUGCAGAGCAGUUGGCUCAGACUGGGGAAUGUGACCCUGAAGAGAUCUAUAAAGCAGCCCGGCAUCUGGAAGUACGGAUUCAGGAUUUUGUCCGGAGGGUGGAACAGAGGAAACUUCUCUUGGACAUGUCAGUCUCCUUCCAUACCCACACCAAAGAGCUGUGGACAUGGAUGGAAGAUCUGCAGAAGGAGCUCUUAGAGGAUGUCUGUGCUGACUCUGUGGAUGCGGUUCAGGAGCUUAUCAAGCAGUUUCAGCAGCAACAAACAGCCACCUUGGAUGCUACCCUCAACGUUAUUAAAGAAGGGGAAGAUCUAAUCCAACAGCUCAGGGACUCUGCGGUUUCCAACAAUAAGACCCCACACAAUAGCUCCAUCAGCCACAUCGAAUCUGUCCUUCAGCAGCUCGACGAGGCCCAGGUACAGAUGGAAGAGCUCUUCCAUGAGAGGAAGAUUAAGCUAGACAUUUUCCUUCAGCUCCGGAUUUUUGAACAGUACACCAUUGAGGUUACAGCAGAGUUAGAUGCCUGGAAUGAAGAUCUGCUGAGGCAAAUGAAUGAUUUCAAUACUGAAGACCUCACUCUGGCUGAGCAGCGACUGCAGCGUCACACUGAGCGCAAGUUGGCCAUGAACAACAUGACCUUUGAAGUCAUCCAGCAAGGGCAAGAUUUACACCAGUACAUCAUGGAGGUCCAGGCUUCAGGUAUUGAGCUGAUCUGUGAAAAAGACAUUGAUCUUGCAACACAGGUUCAAGAACUGCUGGAAUUCCUUCAUGAGAAACAGCAUGAGCUGGAGCUUAAUGCUGACCAAACUCACAAGAGGUUAGAGCAGUGCCUACAGCUCCGGCACCUACAGGCUGAAGUCAAGCAGGUGCUUGGCUGGAUCAGGAAUGGGGAAUCAAUGCUGAAUGCAAGCCUUGUCAAUGCGAGCUCCCUCUCUGAAGCUGAGCAGCUCCAGCGAGAGCAUGAGCAGUUUCAGCUGGCCAUAGAGUCCCUCUUUCAUGCCACUUCCUUACAGAAGACACACCAGAGUGCCCUGCAGGUCCAGCAGAAAGCCGAAGUGUUGCUCCAGGCUGGACAUUACGACGCCGAUGCUAUCAGAGAGUGUGCUGAGAAGGUGGCCCUGCACUGGCAGCAGCUGAUGCUGAAGAUGGAGGACAGGCUCAAACUUGUCAAUGCCUCGGUGGCCUUCUAUAAAACCUCUGAGCAGGUCUGCAGUGUAUUAGAGAGUUUGGAGCAAGAAUACAGACGGGAUGAAGACUGGUGUGGAGGUCGAGAUAAACUUGGACCAGCAGCUGAGAUAGACCAUGUCAUCCCUCUGAUCAGCAAACAUCUGGAACAGAAGGAGGCUUUUCUCAAGGCCUGUACACUGGCCCGAAGGAACGCCGAGGUAUUCCUGAAGUACAUCCACAGGAACAAUGUCAGCAUGCCUGGAGUAGCAAGCCAUACCAGAGGGCCUGAGCAGCAAGUGAAAGCCAUUCUGAGCGAGCUGUUGCAGAGGGAGAACCGGGUCCUUCACUUCUGGACCCUGAAGAAGCGGCGAUUAGAUCAGUGCCAACAAUAUGUUGUCUUUGAGCGCAGUGCCAAGCAGGCCUUAGACUGGAUCCAAGAAACAGGCGAAUAUUACCUCUCUACUCACAACUCCACAGGGGAAUCAGCAGAAGAAACUCAGGAACUCCUGAAGGAAUAUGGGGAAUUCAGAGUACCUGCCAAGCAAACAAAGGAGAAAGUGAAGCUCCUCAUCCAGCUGGCCGACAGCUUUGUAGAAAAAGGACAUAUACACGCCACUGAAAUUAGGAAGUGGGUCACCACCGUUGACAAACGCUACCGGGACUUCUCUCUCAGGAUGGGGAAAUACCGCUACUCCCUGGAAAAAGCCCUUGGAAUCAAUACAGAGGAUAACAAAGACCUAGAACUAGAUAUUAUUCCAGCAAGUCUUUCAGACCGGGAGGUAAAGCUGAGAGAUGCAAAUCAUGAAGUCAAUGAAGAAAAAAGGAAGUCGGCCAGAAAGAAAGAAUUCAUUAUGGCUGAGCUGCUUCAGACAGAAAAAGCUUAUGUCAGGGAUUUACAUGAAUGUUUAGAGACUUACCUUUGGGAAAUGACAAGUGGAGUGGAAGAAAUACCAGCUGGGAUCCUCAAUAAAGAACACAUCAUCUUUGGCAAUAUUCAGGAGAUAUAUGACUUUCAUAACAACAUUUUUUUAAAAGAGCUAGAGAAAUAUGAACAACUGCCUGAGGACGUGGGCCACUGCUUCGUCACCUGGGCAGAUAAAUUUCAGAUGUAUGUCACCUACUGCAAAAACAAGCCUGACUCCAACCAGCUCAUCCUGGAACAUGCAGGGACUUUCUUUGAUGAAAUUCAGCAAAGACAUGGUCUGGCCAACUCCAUCUCUUCUUAUUUAAUCAAGCCUGUCCAGAGGAUCACAAAAUACCAACUCCUACUGAAGGAACUGCUGACCUGCUGCGAGGAGGGCAAAGGGGAGCUCAAAGAUGGUCUGGAAGUGAUGCUCAGUGUCCCAAAGAAGGCCAACGAUGCAAUGCACGUCAGCAUGCUGGAAGGGUUUGAUGAGAACCUGGACGUCCAGGGAGAGCUGAUUCUUCAGGAUUCCUUCCAAGUGUGGGAUCCCAAGUCUCUCAUUCGGAAAGGCCGUGAGAGGCAUUUGUUUCUCUUUGAAAUCUCUUUGGUGUUUAGCAAAGAGAUCAAAGAUUCUUCAGGACACACAAAAUAUGUUUACAAGAACAAGUUACUGACCUCAGAACUGGGAGUGACUGAACAUGUUGAAGGAGAUCCCUGCAAAUUUGCUUUGUGGUCUGGACGAACACCAUCCUCAGACAAUAAAACAGUGCUGAAAGCAUCCAGUAUUGAAACAAAACAGGAAUGGAUCAAAAAUAUCCGGGAAGUUAUUCAAGAAAGGAUUAUUCAUCUGAAGGGAGCUCUGAAAGAGCCAAUUCAGCUCCCCAAGACACCAGCAAAGCAGCGAAACAACAGUAGAAGAGAUGGAAUAGAUGAUGCAGACAGCCAAGGGGAUGGCAGCAGUCAACCUGACACCAUUUCCAUUGCAUCCAGGACGUCACAGAACACAGUGGACAGUGAUAAGCAUUUCGUCUACGGCAGAGACACAGGACAGUUGUCUGGAGGGUGUGAACUAACUGUGGUGCUCCAGGACUUCACAGCAGGCCACAGCAGCGAGCUGAGCAUUCAGGUGGGGCAGACAGUGGAGCUGCUGGAGAGGCCGAGUGAAAGGCCAGGCUGGUGUUUGGUCCGGACCACAGAGCGGAGCCCACCUCAGGAGGGUCUGGUCCCCAGCAGCGCUCUCUGCAUUUCCCAUUCCCGCAGCAGUGUGGAGAUGGAUUGUUUCUUCCCUUCAGGAAAAGACGCGUAUUCAGUCUCUGCCAAUGACAACGGGGGCAAGUCGGAUUCAGUGGCCAACUUACAACCUCAGCCAUCCCUCAACUCCAUCCAGAGCUCUCCUGGCCCCAAGCGCUCAACCAACACCCUGAAGAAAUGGCUGACUAGUCCUGUGCGCCGGCUGAACAGCGGGAAGACCGAGAGCAACAUCAAGAAACAAAAGAAGGUGCGAGAUGGCCGGAAGAGCUUUGACCUUGGCUCGCCAAAGACUGGAGAUGAAACCACUCCUCAAGGAGACAGCGCAGAUGAGAAGAGCAAGAAGGGUUGGGGAGAAGAUGAACCAGAUGAAGAGUCUCACACACCUCUUCCUCCUCCUAUGAAGAUUUUUGACAAUGAUCCAACCCAAGAUGAGAUGUCCUCUUCUUUGCUAGCUGCUCGACAGAGCUCCUCCGAUGUCCCAACUGCUGCGGAUCUUGUCAGUGCAAUAGAAAAGUUGGUCAAAACUAAGCUGACCCUUGAAGGAGGAUCUUACCGAGGAAGCUUAAAAGAUGCCACUGGCUGCUUAAGUGAAGGAAUGACACCUUCAACGCCCCCCCGAAACCUUGAAGAGGAACAAAAAGCCAAAGCAAUGAGAGGCAGAAUGUUUGUCUUAAAUGAGCUGGUACAGACUGAAAAAGACUACGUCAAAGACUUGGGAACUGUUGUGGAGGGCUUCAUGAAGAGGAUGGAAGAAAAAGGAGUUUCUGAAGAUAUGAAAGGGAAAGACAAGAUCGUAUUUGGCAAUAUUCACCAGAUCUAUGACUGGCACAAAGACUUUUUCCUGGUUGAACUGGAAAAAUGUCUUCAAGAACCUGACCGUUUAGCACAGCUUUUUAUUAAGCAUGAGCGGCGAUUGCACAUGUAUGUGGUAUAUUGCCAAAACAAGCCACGAUCUGAAUAUAUAGUAGCCGAGUAUGAAACAUACUUUGAGGAGGUUCAACAGGAAAUAAGCCAGCGGCUAACCAUCAGUGACUUUCUGAUCAAACCCAUUCAAAGAAUAACUAAAUAUCAGCUUCUUCUCAAGGACUUCCUGAGGUACAGUGAAAAAGCUGGUCUGGAGUGCUCCGAUAUAGAGAAAGCAGUUGAAUUAAUGUGCCUUGUACCAAAACGUUGCAACGAUAUGAUGAACCUGGGUCGCCUCCAAGGCUUCGAGGGCAAACUGACAGCUCAAGGCAAGCUGCUGCAGCAGGACACCUUCUACGUGACAGAGCAGGAUUCCGGAGUUCAGUCUCGGCCGAAGGAACGCAGGGUGUUUCUCUUUGAGCAAAUAGUUAUCUUCAGUGAACUCCUUAGAAAAGGAUCUCUAACGCCAGGCUACAUGUUCAAGAAAAGCAUAAAGAUGAACUACCUUAUGAUUGAAGAAAAUGUGGACAAUGAUCCCUGCAAGUUUGCUCUAAUGAGCCGGGAAACAUCAGAGAGAGUAAUUUUACAGGCAGCUAAUCCAGAAAUUCAACAAGCUUGGGUACAGGACAUCAACCAGGUCCUGGACACACAAAGAGAUUUCCUAAAUGCGCUGCAGUCGCCCAUAGAGUACCAACGCAAAGAGAUCAGCUCAGCGGUGCUGAGGCCCCAGGCCGGGAGGGCCCCUCAGCCCAACAGCAGACCCCAUUCCUCUAUCCCAGUGGGGUCUGAGAAGCCUUUGAAGGCUACAAGCCGUAACCCAUCUCUCCCACCCCUGAAGAUAUCUACCUCCAACGGCAGCACAGGGUAUGAACACUCACAGCCUGGAGACAAGUAUGAACAAAGCAAGCCUGAUUUGGGAGGGUGCAAUGGGACCUCUUCCAUGGUGGUGAUUAAAGAUUACUAUGCACUGAAGGAGGAUGAGAUCUGUGUGAAUCAGGGACAGGUGGUUCAGAUUCUUGCUAUCAACCAGCAGAACAUGUUCCUGGUGUACCAGCCUGCAAACGACCACUCUCCGGCUGCUGAAGGAUGGAUCCCUGGCAAUAUCUUGGCUCCCCUCACUAAAUCCACCACAGAUAAUAGCGACGGAAGCAUCAAGAAGUCAUGUUCAUGGCAUACCCUGCGCAUGAGAAAGCGGGCGGAAAAGGAGAGCAGUGGCAAAAAUGAAGCCAAUGGGCCACGUAAAUCCAAGGAUAUUCUGGGAAACAAAGUCUCUGUUAAAGAGACAAACAGCUCAGAGGAAUCAGAGUGUGAUGACCUUGACCCCAAUACUAGCAUGGAGAUAAUCAACCCCAAUUUCAUUCAAGAAGUGGCUCCCGAGUUUCUUGUGCCAUUAGUGGACAUCACUUGCCUGCUUGGUGACACGGUGAUGCUGCAAUGCAAAGUCUGUGGACGACCCAAACCAACUAUAACCUGGAAAGGACCAGAUCAAAACAUUCUUGACAAUGACAACAGCACAGCCAGUUACACGGUGUCAUCCUGUGAGUCCGGAGAGCUCACCUUGAAGAUCUGCAACCUGAUGCCUCAGGACAGUGGUAUUUACACCUGUGUGGCAACCAAUGAACACGGAACCGCCUCAACCUCUGCAACCAUCAAAGUCCAAGGUGUCCCAGCUGCCCCAAACCGUCCUAUUGCUCAGGAGAGAAGCUGCACCUCUGUGAUUCUACGCUGGCUCCCACCAUCCAGUACAGGCAAUUGCACCAUUUCAGGCUACACUGUGGAGUACAGAGAAGAAGGCUCACAGGUCUGGCAGCAGUCAGUAGCCUCAACUUUGGACACAUACCUCGUCAUUGAGGACCUGGCCCCAGGCUGCCAGUAUCAGUUUCGAGUGAGUGCCAGCAAUCCCUGGGGGAUCAGCUUGCCCAGCGACCCAUCUGAAUUUGUGAGGCUCCCGGAGUAUGACUCUGCUGCUGAUGGUGCCACUAUUUCAUGGAAGGAAAACUUUGACCUUGCUUAUGCAGAGCUGCAUGAGAUUGGGAGGGGUCGAUUCUCCAUAGUAAAGAAAUGCGUUCACAAAGCCACCCGGAAAGAUGUUGCUGUAAAAUUCAUUAGUAAAAAAAUGAAAAAGAAAGAGCAGGCAGCACACGAAGCAGCUUUGUUACAGCACUUACAGCAUCCUCAGUACAUCACUAUCCACGAUACCUACGAGUCUCCUACUUCUUACAUCUUAGUUUUGGAACUGAUGGAUGACGGUCGUCUCUUAGAUUAUCUGAUGAACCAUGAUGAACUUAUGGAGGAAAAAGUGGCGUUUUACAUAAGAGACACAAUGGAAGCAUUGCAGUACCUUCACAAUUGCAGAGUGGCUCACUUAGACAUAAAGCCAGAAAAUCUGCUCAUUGAUUUAAGAAUCCCAGUACCUCGUGUCAAGAUCAUUGAUUUGGAAGACGCGGUUCAGAUCACAGGUCACUACCAUGUCCACCACCUCCUCGGAAACCCAGAGUUUGCAGCUCCUGAAGUUAUCCAAGGCCUUCCUGUCUCCCUUAGCACAGAUAUCUGGAGCAUUGGUGUCCUCACCUAUGUCAUGUUGAGUGGUGUCUCUCCAUUCCUGGAUGAAAGCAGAGAGGAGACUUGUAUCAAUGUGUGCAGAGUAGAUUUCAGCUUCCCACAUGAGUACUUCUCCGAUGUGAGUCAUGCUGCCAGGGAUUUCAUCAACGUCAUCCUCCAGGAAGACUUCAGGAGAAGGCCAACGGCAGCCACUUGUUUACAGCAUCCAUGGCUGCAGCCACACAAUGGCAGCUAUUCCAAGAUGCCACUGGAUACCUCCCGCUUGGCCUCCUUCAUCGAGCGCCGCAGGCACCAGUACGACGUGCACCCAGUCCCCAGCGUCAAGAGUUUCCUGUUGAGCAGGCUGAACCCAGUUUCAGAAUUGCUCGUCCCAAAGUCCAUCUGAGCCUUUCAGAGUGCAGUAGGAGUGGUGAGUUCAUUCUUGUGCUUACAGCUUGAAAAUCGUUUUCAAUGUUUAAAGUAUGUCAUUUGUUUCAUUUCCAAACUUGUAAAUAUCUCUCAGCCACCAUUAGCACCUCAUCACCAAAGCAUUUGUGAGGAUAUUUUUAUGUCCAAAGCCUACUUUGUAAUAAUAAAAAAAAUAUUCACAAUUAAAACAUUUUUCUCUUGCAAGCCAAGUUGCAACAUCAUCAUAUUGAUGUUACAGUGACGGAGCCAGCCUUAAGUAUAACCAACACAGGGAGUCUGCAGUGACAAAUCAGCAGUUUGUAGGCUGGCCAAAUCCUCCUCUUCAGCAGUGGGACUGGGAGGGGAAACACCUCCCUGGCUGGGGCUUCCCCAUCCUACUGCCAUACCACCAUAGAGAUCUACAGCCUCUUGGUUGACCAUCAAAGAGAUUUAUUUUUUUUCCUCUGGCAUGUGAGGACUUUGUCUCGGUGCUGAGUGCAGUUGCUGUGCCUGUAGUGGGAUGUUACCAAAGGUUUUCCUAAGGAAAAGGGCUUGAUCUGACCAUGUGUGCUCAGUAUAGACUCUCUUGUUAGUGCAAGAGUCAAAUUUGAUUUACUGUCCAAGUAACUGUACUGUGAGCCUGCAUGAGCAAAAGCUAUCUCUGCCAGCAGGUGGUGGAGAUACCCUGUGAGUCCUGUUAAAUUCUGAGGGCUCUGAUAGCCCUUUUUUUGAUCCACCCCUCAACUGAGUUUCAUGGCAGGUAGGAGACCUGGCCCUUAUCUUUGUGCUUGCUCUAUCAGUACGUGGGGGUGGUCACUAUUUUGCUAGUGGAGAAGAAAGGAGGCUCAGCAAAAAAACUCAGUGUUCAUGCAAUACAAGAACAAACCUUGAGAUGGGAGAGUCACAGUAAGAAGGGUGAGCACAGUCAGAAGCGGUAUACGAGGCUUUGUGGCCAAGGGAGAGAAAUCUAAUACAGGGAGGAGUUGUGGAAAGGCUUGAAAGAGACAGUGUUCACAGAAGGUUAAACUUUUUGGGUCAUAUAGAACCUAUCUCAGUUUCCCUCUGUAGUGCAGCAGCUGAUUUUCUAAGCAACUCAGCAGCACUUCUUAAAAAAGACCAGUCUUGUCCUGAGCAACAGUGCAAAGUAUGCAAUUUCUUAGCAACUGAAUGCAGACAGCAGUCAAGGGGUGUCUUUAAUUAGCACCUGCCUCAGGUACCUUCUCCUAAAGGAUUGUCUGUACUUCUUCCUAUCUGUCAAAACUGGCUUUUUGUACUGUGAUUGCACUGCCCUUAAAAAAAUGUUUAUGGAAGUGUGGUCUAUAAAACCCACAGCUUUUAUUAGGCCCAUGGGUACAGUUUAAGCCACAGGCUUUCUGCUUGGCAUUAAUAUGAACAAAUUCUCAUGUAUCACAUGAAACUUGGAGUUAUUUAGCAUUUUAUUUUCCUUCCUCCUGCAUUCGCAUGUCAAACUGCAAUAGCAGACACUUUGGAUGCACAGUGGGAAAAAGCUGGAUUGCUUAAGGGAAUAUUUAGGCCUCUCAUUGCUAUCAAAUAAUAGAAAAGAACACCCAAAAGGCUGAAAGAGGAUACAUUAUUAGGUUCUCAGAUUCAAAAAUGAUUCCUUGUUGAGAGCUGGAAGUGCUAAACUCUGAAGAUUUUGAAUGCUGUGGAGUUGCUUUCCUUUGUGGUUUUGCUUUUUCCAUAUACACAUUAGAGAACUCCUCUUCUUGGGCACCACUCUUCGUACAGCACAUACAGGAGUAUUUAAACCUGUUAGAACUUCUAGAUAACAUUUGUGAUUAUCGACCAUUCUUGUAUUUUGUCUCAAAGAUUUCUUUUGCCUGAAUAACGUCAAGUUGACAUGCAAUGCUGCCAUAUGAUAGAUACAGAGGAAGUAUUCUGAGCUUGCCCUUUUGAGGUCUUUCUCAGCCAAUCUGUGGCCUCUCUACAGAUCCUACAGGUGCUGUAACUCUGUUGUAAACUGUAACUUUGUUGUAAAGAGAUUACAAAGCUCAGUAAAUUGGCCUGGAGUGCACCCUCUGGGUGAGAAGCACCACAGCCAACUCCCUGUGCAGCAUUCUCCGACUAGAGGAUUUUUUGGUGCAUGAAAUACUGCCUGUAGCAAACACAGGAAAACACAGUUUCUCCAUAAAACUCCGUCAGGCCCUUACAAAGCUCCCCAGGCUGAGCUGACUCUGAGGGGAGGAUUUCUGCCUGCAGCUGUACCACUCCAGGUGUUCCCAAGACAGCCGAGUGAAGGUGUGGUGGGAGCUGCACUCUUUAGCUUCUGCAGCAGCUCCAGACCAGCCAGGAUGACCAACAGGAAUACUGGCAAUGGCACACCAUGAGCUCCAUGCGGAGUGGCACUUACUCACACAGCCACCACCUUCAGACAUCUCCACAGCACUCCUACCCUGCUCUGACACCAAAGUGUUGCUCACAGUGUUCCCUGGCGCUGGGUUGGGUGACAGGAAGGCAGCAGGUGCCAGUAAACGGAGCCCAGAGGACAUGAUGACAUGGGGUGCUCUUUAUUUAAGACAGCUGCAUUUAAUGAAUGUGUCUGGCAAUGAGAUUUAAACUAACUGGCCUCUCUCCACUUCACUUGGAGCAGCCUGGCCAGGCCAUUUGACUCUUAGCCAUCAAAGAGGAAUUCUGAUGGCCCAUGUAACACUGUCAGCUUCCAUCAGGUGUCUGAGGACCUUGCUGUCCUGUGGGAGACCACCCCUUCCCACCACACUGCCAGGCCCCCUACACAUGUUACUACAGGGAUGAAACACAGCCAGUCCAGGGUUCUAGACUUUAUUUUAAAGCAAUAUAGACUUCCAAAUUUAAAAAAAUUUUCCCACUUACACCAACAAAUUUUGUUUAUUCUUACUGCCCCUUUAUUUUAAAAGACUAUUUUUUUUUAGUAACAGUAAUCUUUAAAAGCAUUUUACUGGUAAACUGAGUUAAUGCUGAGACAAAGUCUGUGCCCUCAACUGACCCAUACAAGUGCUAUGGCUUCAGUGGACUUCAUUAGCAUUUCUGAUGAUGCUAUUAGGCCUUUGUUACAAAGACUGUGCCUAAAGGCUGAAUGCAGAGCCACACAUCUGACUAUGUAUAACCCUAUUUUAAUACCCUUGCAAUGAGGGGACUGCAUCCAGUAACCUGGGAUAAUAUAAACUUCAGAGACAGAUGUAAAGGCUAUUCUGUAUAUAAAGGUCUUACAGAUAAUUAACAUGUACAGGUGCUAACCACCUGGUUUUGUUUCAGUUCCUUUCACUGCAGAGGUGGAUUCUCCACUAACACAGGGCUUGGAUUAAUUUUCCAGCUCAUUUGUUCAUGUCCCAUCAGAAAAUGGUGCUUUCCCAAGGAAACAAAGUCCCAUUUUACUAGGCUGACUGCACACUGCCAUCAAGUGAUGAACUCUUGUUCUGGGAUCUGUAUAGUGCUGAGUGUUUCCAUAGCGUCAGGAUGCUGAAUGUUUGCUGUAACUGUAGUCUUUAUUAUGGAGCUAGUGAAAAACCAACAUCUUUUCUACUCAAGCCAUAUUUCACCUUCAUGUCCAACUUCUGAUGCUGGUGCUUUUACUUCUCUUUCUACCAAACUGUUCAGCACUGCUCUGCCACUGAGGUCAAUUUGCUGAUUACUUUUGGAAGGCAAAUGCAAUAGGAAGUGCAAAAAAACCAAACAAUAAAAAAAAUAAAUCUAUCUCAGACUUAUUCACCAAGAUCAGAGCAAACAGUUGGAAUGUAUUGAUGCUUUUCAAUCUUUGCAACAAUCCACCGAAGGAGGAAAAAAAGAAACAGUAUUGCUAACAGCUCGGCAUUUUCAAGGUGCAAAGUAAUUCCACAGCCUUAAUUAUUUCAGUGUAUUGCUGGUCUGCCUUAAAUGUACCUUCAGUUUUAUUGCGGAUUUCAUUUUGUAUGCACACAAUGUUGGUUUGUAAAGGCAGGUUUGUAAAUAUUUCCUUUGUAAGUCUAAUCACUCAUGUGUACUGUUGUGAGGUGACUACUUGCUGUCCCAUGUUGUUGUUACUAUACUGCAGUAUAUAUGAUCAUCUACAGAUGUAGCUUCGACUUGUACAUCUCCUGUCCUAUAAAUAGAGUAUACUAAUGACUCCGUUUCUGGGCUUUUUUGAUUAAAUAAAAUUAUUCGGAGAAGACCGAGUCAGUCUUA